GGUUGCUCUCCACACCUACGCUGGACGCAGGGAUCCAACGACUAACGCUGUCACAGUCUCAUCAUUCCUCCACCAGGACUCGCAGGGCUUUUAGUAAGGAUGAUGGCUUCGCCUCCACCAGAAAAGGCAGUUCCCAUUGCCGCACCCUUAGACGGAGAAGAGUCCAAGUCGGGCUUCGCUCCGCUCCCCUUCACUGUCUCCUGCAACAUCGCCCAUGGCUUUCUUCUCUAUUACCAGCGCGACAGCUACACCACCUUGUCCGUCUUCUUAAGCCUGCUGACCAUGGCGGGAUCAACGGUCGCUGUCUGGUGCUAUCACGCUGAUCGACGCAACAAGGUUCGCUCAGCUCCUGCCUCUGCUGCUGUCUUUCGCCGCCACCUGCUCGACAGUAUUUGGCCCUGGGCCUUGGGCAUAUUCGCUCUCAACUGCCUCCUGGCAGGCUUACGUUACUACUGGAUCGACGCCCCUUCGAGCGACAACGCCUGCGCUUGCACGAUUCAAUCGCAGGCCAUUGACGAAGUGCACUGGAAGACAUACGCGACGAGGUGCAGCGCUUCUGCACAGCGCAAUGCUGUCGCCAACGCGAUGGCUUCUUACCUCUUCAACGCCGACGCCGACAUCUGCGGCGUGCAGUGCCUCCGAAUGGACCCGGCAGGAUCGUGGGUCGGGCACGUGAGUCUGACGCCAGCGGACACGCCCGUCGAUGGCACCUACUGUGGCACAAAGUACUCCUUCGGCAGGUGCGCUCCUGUUCAAUAGACGGCAGCGGCGCGAAGACCUGUCUCUUAGGAGUCCUUUGUCUUCGUGCAAUAAUCAAUCGAAGCAGGCCAUGUCCAGCUAUGAGAAUACAAGACCUGCUUGAAGCGUAUCAAGCAGGUCAGAAGUCAACGACAGAAAGUGCCAUAGUGAGAGGAUGGUACCGUGAGCAUGCACAGGCCAUUGUCAGGUGGAGCGAAGGGGAUGUAUGUGCCAGCACUGAUUGGUCACCGCCUCUCUGUGUUUUUAGUGGCGUCUAAGCAGGUUCAUCCGGG